AUGGAGUUUGGCAGGGCCGUGGACUGGAGCACUCUUCGUCCUGUCUGCUUCAAUGGCAUUUGCCCAAAUGCACAGCCAACUCAGGGUCGAGGUGCAAAGCAACGAGAGGUCAUGAACCACGCGCAUUUCUAUGUUUUUGCCCAGAAGGUUGGAACGAUGGAAGUGGCCACUUCAGGUUACGAGCCUUGGCGGGACUACCCCGUGAAGGGGUGGUGGUGCAAGGUCCGCACCGGUUUUAUUGGCCGCUUGAAGACUGUGGAAGCAGUGAGGCUGCAUGAGCGUGCUGGACAGCAUGAAGCUGAGCAGCGCCGGGUGGAGGUCAGCUUGGCACGUUUGGUUCGGCCUUUUCGGGCAGAGAUCGUUGCUGCCUUGCAGCCUUGGUCUGUGCAAUAUGCGUCGGACCAGCUGCGGUACAAGUUCCUGCUUCUAAGAGGAGGCUCGCGCACCGGGAAAUCGACUCUGGCCAAAUCUCUCGGCCAAUUGUUUGGUUGGCGACCUCCCUAUAUUCAGACGGUGCAGGGCGCUCCAGCGCCAGAUCUGAAAGAUUUUCGACGGGAGGAGCAUGGAUUCAUUCUGUUCGAUAAUAUUAACAGCAUGGAGUUUGUUUUGGAUCACCGCACGUUGUUCCAAAGCAACAACUCCAUUCACACCCUUGGGAUUUCCCAAACUGGUAUCUAUUCGUACCGGGUGUGGCUGUACAGGGUUCCAAUUGUAGUCACGGUUGAUGAGUCUGCGAUUUGGGACAGUAGCGAGCCGUGGCUGAGCCAGAACCUCGUGGA